UGUGCUAGUGGACAAGGUGGAAAAACCAUCCAGAAAAUUGUGCGUGAAUUGCCGUUUUACCACCGGAUCAACCUGAAACCAUUUUCGGGAAACCUAGCGAGUGAUUUUGUGGAAUAGCACCAAGCCGAACCGGAUCUCAAUUAGUGUCGUUUGUGUUGAGUAAGCAGCAGCGGAAGCAGGUAGCAGAAUGGGCAAGGAAAAGACUCAUAUUAACAUCGUCGUCAUCGGACACGUCGAUUCCGGCAAGUCCACCACGACCGGUCAUCUGAUUUACAAGUGCGGCGGUAUCGACAAGCGUACCAUCGAGAAGUUCGAGAAGGAAGCUCAGGAAAUGGGUAAAGGCUCGUUCAAGUACGCUUGGGUUUUGGACAAGCUGAAGGCCGAACGUGAGCGUGGUAUUACCAUUGAUAUCGCCCUGUGGAAGUUCGAAACUGCUAAAUACUACGUCACCAUCAUUGACGCCCCCGGACAUCGUGAUUUCAUCAAGAACAUGAUUACCGGAACAUCGCAAGCUGAUUGCGCCGUGCUGAUCGUUGCCGCCGGUACCGGUGAGUUUGAGGCCGGUAUUUCCAAGAACGGACAAACCCGUGAGCACGCUCUGCUUGCUUUCACCUUGGGUGUCAAGCAGUUGAUUGUCGGUGUCAACAAGAUGGACUCCACCGAGCCACCGUACCACGAGGCUCGUUACGAGGAAAUCAAGAAGGAAGUUUCGUCGUACAUCAAGAAGAUCGGUUACAACCCGGCUUCCGUAGCUUUCGUUCCGAUUUCCGGAUGGCACGGUGAUAACAUGCUGGAACCAUCGGACAAGAUGCCAUGGUUCAAGGGAUGGGCCGUUGAACGCAAGGAAGGCAAGGCUGAGGGUAAGACCCUGAUCGAGGCCCUGGACAACAUUCUGCCACCGUCGCGUCCUACCGACAAACCACUGCGUCUGCCUCUGCAGGAUGUGUACAAAAUUGGCGGUAUCGGCACAGUCCCGGUCGGUCGUGUUGAAACCGGUAUCUUGAAGCCAGGUAUGGUGGUCGUUUUCGCUCCGGUUAACAUCACCACUGAGGUCAAGUCGGUUGAAAUGCACCACGAGGCACUGUCGGAGGCUCUGCCCGGCGACAACGUCGGCUUCAACGUCAAGAACGUCUCCGUCAAGGAGUUGCGCCGCGGCUAUGUCGCUGGCGAUUCCAAGGCCAGCCCCCCGAAGGGUGCUGCUGAUUUCACCGCUCAGGUCAUUGUCCUGAAUCACCCGGGCCAGAUUGCCAACGGGUACACCCCGGUGCUGGAUUGCCACACCGCUCACAUCGCGUGCAAGUUCGCCGAAAUCAAGGAGAAGUGCGACCGUCGUUCCGGCAAGGUCACCGAGGAGAAUCCCAAAUCGAUCAAGUCCGGCGAUGCGGCCAUCGUCAAUCUGGUGCCAAGCAAGCCGCUGUGCGUCGAAAGUUUCCAGGAGUUCCCACCGCUGGGACGUUUCGCCGUGCGCGAUAUGCGUCAAACCGUCGCCGUCGGUGUCAUUAAAUCGGUCAACUUUAAAGAGGCUACCGGUGGUAAAGUAACCAAAGCCGCCGAGAAGGCCCAAAAGAAGAAAUAACUAGAGACACUGGAACACCCGAGUACCGUAGCGGCAGCGAAGAGCACUGCUAGCAGCAACAACAGCAACACUACUAUAACUACUAUUAAACCAAACCAAUUCUCAACAUUAUUAUUAUUGAAUAAUGAUGA